AAGCGGUUGACGUAAAGGUAUAUCCUUCAGCGAGGGUUUUCGGAAGGGUCCUAAGCUCCUCGGAAGGGUCCUAAGCUAGCCUCUCGGUAGAAAAAGUACGAUGACCGCUAGCCAGUGCCGGUUUGAUGGCCUGCUAAUUGAAUCGAAGAGCGAGGGAAAUUCUUGCCACGGUGGAAGCAACGUAUCUCCUACCUUCGAUUCCGGUUUCCCUGCUCUCGCCACAUCCCACACGGCGGUUCGGGCGCUCGGGUGUAGCGCCGGAAGUUGAAAUGAAUGUCACGUGGUAAAGCAUCACGUGGGCCGAGAAACCACGUGACUCUGUCACUUCCGGCGCUCUUGAACGCUAAAAAUGUCCACCCCCGAGAGGCGAUCGAAGAGCAAAAAGCCUUCGAGCAGUGCAUUUAAGCAGCAGCGGCUGUCGGCAUGGCAGCCCAUCCUGACGGCGGGCACGGUGCUGCCGACCUUUUUCGUGAUUGGCCUCGCCUUCAUACCGAUCGGGAUCGGUCUCCUGGUAUCCUCCAAUGAGGUUCAAGAGUUCCAGUUCGACUACACGGAGUGCAAGGAAAAGGGGAAGAACGUGACAUGCGCCUCGGUGCUCCAGCGCGACGUCAGGCAGACGUGCACCUGCCUCGAACGGAUCGAGUUGACGGAAGAUUUCAAGUCGGAGGUUUACGUCUACUACGGAUUGACCAACUUCUACCAGAACCAUCGGCGCUAUGUGAAGUCACGAAGCGACAUUCAGCUGCUGGGGGACCCGCUGGUGUCGAAUGCGGAUUGCGAGCCGUUUGCAAAAGACGCUCAGGGCCGCACGAUAGCGCCCUGUGGAGCCAUCGCCAACAGCAUCUUCAAUGACACGCUGAUGCUGAAGUACCACAACGCUCACGAGGAGAUGGGCGAGGUUCGGACGGUUCAGCUGCUCUUUGACAAGAUCGCCUGGCCGACGGACCGUAGGGUCAAGUUCAAGAACCCCGCAGGCAUGAACUUCAACGGCACGGCCAAGCCGCCCAACUGGCCCCUGCCGGCAGAACAGGUCGGCGGCUUCGAGAACGAGUCGCUGAUUGUGUGGAUGCGCACGGCGGCGCUGCCGACGUUCCGCAAGCUGUACGGACGGGUGGAUCACACUCAGGAGUACUUCAUCAACGCCCUUCCCAAGGGCACGUACGACCUCGAGAUCCAGUACCGCUACCCGGUGGCGCCGUUCAAGGGCAGCAAGCGCAUCAUCCUGUCCAACACGUCCUGGCUGGGCGGCCGCAACCCCUUCCUGGGGAUCGCCUACAUUGCGGUGGGCAGCCUCUGCCUCGCCCUGGCCUUCGUCUUCCUCGUCAUCCACAACAAGUUUGGAAAAAACACACACGACCUGGUGAACAUCACCCAGAGGACGCCGUACUGACGGGACCCGAACCAUACUGUCGGAUCCUUGCGCAUUCCAAUGUCGGCACUGGACCUUGGACUGCCCUGAGGGCGGAGGAAUUGCACCCUGCAUCGCAGACGGCGCGGCGGCGGGACCAACCUUCAACGUCACUCCGUCGGCUCUUACACGUGCGGAGGGGGUAGGGCUGGUGGCAAGAGGGAGACCUUGCGACAAGCACGCUCUCCAUAGUUCCCGGCAAUUGACGGAAGCUUCGUGCUGGAAGCAACUGAAAACCGCGCCUCCCACUGAAAAACAUUUAUUUUUGUUUCGUGAAUGCGGGCAGCAAAUUCUUGCCAUGCAAUUUGUCCCGUGUGGGCUCUUCCGAUAUUUGCCCCACGUUGGCCCACGUGUUGUCCUGCUGAGGAGAGGUGUUGCUUUUUUUCUUUACAAGCUUUGAUUCUGUAAUAACACUAAUUUGUCUCGGAUUUUAUUCAGUCGUCUAAGCUGUGAGCAUGGGUUGGCAACUGUGAGAGAAGAACCUAAGUGCUCUUGCAGUACAGUUAGUGUCCGGAUUACGGUGCAGUCAAUGACGAGAUGCAAGGAGUCAAUGCUUUUGCACACCGCUUUGUUUUUAGUUCAGCCGUGCAGACAGCAGUUCGAGAACAAUCGCAUUCAGACAACGUGACUGGUUUUGGAAAAGACGAUAGCGAUAUAAGACAAUUGUAUCGGUAAUCUUGGAGAAACAAAAUAAUCUAUGACCGUUACUCGCUUUGUCACCCACGUAGGUGUUGCCCCAAGAAAGAGAAGUUUGCCAUAAAGCCAGCGAAACGUACCAUUCCCCUGCGAGAAGUGUGAGCUUGCACGCAUCUUGGAAAAGAUUGAUUACUUUAGGAGCACUUUUUUGAUUUCGUGGUAUUCACCGUGAUUUUUCUACGCAACCGCUACCAUAUUUGCUAAGCCUCGUCUGUCGGCUUGCCUCGUGAUGAUUUCUGGUGAUGGCAAAGGACGUCAUCUAGUCAUUUUGUUGUUAAACUACGGCUUUGGUACUCCUCGGACAUUGCGUUUGAGUUAGGGUAGAGCGUCGCAUCUUUCUAUUCUUUAUUUUUUUUUUUCAAAGUUUCUCGUUGAUGUUAGCAAGCCGCUUUUUGUGGCAGCGGUUGUCGACUGCACAGCAUAAGCAUUGGCAAGUUUUAGCGUGCCCUCUUUCUGUCGAGCUCUGUACAUAGUAACUUAUUCCCUGGAAGUAAUAAAGUAUGCCCGUUUUCCUUAA